AUGUCUGCUGCUAGUAAGAUUUUAUCAGAAAAACCAAGUGAAUUAGAAUUACAAGUUGCUCAAGCCUUCAUUGACUUAGAAGCUCAACCAGAUUUAAAAGCUGAUUUAAGACCAUUACAAUUUAAAUCAAUCAAAGAAAUUGAUGUCUCAGGUGGUAAAAAAGCUUUAGCUGUUUUCAUCCCACCUCCAUCAUUAUUAGGUUACAGAAAAGUUCAAACCAGAUUAACCAGAGAAUUAGAAAAGAAAUUCCCUGAUAGACAUGUUGUCUUUUUAGCUGAAAGAAGAAUUUUACCAAAACCUUCAAGAGUUUCAAGAAAACAACAAAAAAGACCAAGAUCAAGAACUUUAACUGCUGUUCACGAUAAAAUCUUAGAAGAUUUAGUUUUCCCAACUGAAAUUGUCGGUAAAAGAGUUAGAUACUUAGUUGGUGGUAACAAAAUCCAAAAAAUCUUAUUAGAUUCAAAAGAUUUAACUUCAGUUGAUUACAAAUUAGAAUCAUUCCAACAAUUAUACAGCAAAUUAACCGGUAAACAAGUUGUUUUUGAAGUCCCAGGUGAAUAUUAA